AUGAAUCGACGAAAGGCUGAGAAACGCAAGUCAUCCGACCUGACCUUUAAGGCUUCCGAGCAAGAUAAAUCGGAAACGUUUUCGGCACAUGGUGUAGCCCAGGAAGAUGAAGGGGCAUUUGAGGAACCUGUUGAAAAGAGAUAUCCAAAGAGGGAACGUAAAUUAAAAUUUAAAAGUGUAGAGGAAGAGGUCAUCAUUGAGGCUUUAUCCGAUAAGGAAAUUCAUGAUGAGGAUGAUGAAGCCAAUGAUGUACCGUAUUUGGAUGAUGGUACAGACCACAGCAACAGCAGUGACGACAGCGUGUUUGAAAUGUUGGAAGAGGAACCUUCGCCCUUAUCUAAAGAGCACACUGACCAUUUAGAGAACGAAACGUUGAAAAAAUCAAAGGACAAAACAAACGCGAAAAGAUUUAACAUCCCAAAACAUGCACGUGCUGUUUUGAUGGAGUGGCUCGAAAGACAUUUUGAUCAUCCAUACCCAAGUGAAGAGGAAAAAGAAGAGCUUUGUAAAACAACGAAAUUAACAAUGAGUCAAAUCAACACAUGGUUCGUCAAUUCUAGAAUACGUAUUUGGAAACCUAAAGUAGAACCAGGCCAAAAGGAAGAGAAAACGUCCAGUUCAUCCCAAUCUCCAAAACCAUCCAAAGACAAUACCUCCAACAAUUCAGGAGACGUAAAACUCCCAAAGAUCAGAAUCAAUCCUAAUAAUGCCAAUGUGACUCGAACGAACAUUGUUGGCUCGCUUCCCAAUGGACUUCCAACUCCCUCAACAGUUAUUGGGCGAGGCAAUCUUCCCAAACCUUCAGUGGACUGCUUACAGAAAUGGCUGUUUGACAAUUUCAAUCAUCCAUAUCCUUCUGACGCUGAAAAAGAUGCUCUUGCAACCGAGACCUCACUUACUCUCACUCAGGUAAACAAUUGGUUCAUUAAUGCAAGAAGAAGAGUAUGGAAACCGCUGUUACAAAAGCUUAAAGCCAAAGGAUUGGAUAAAGAUGAGUUAAUUGCCAAUGGAAAAUUACAUGAGAUGGCAGCCAAGUAUUUGAAAUCAAGCAAAGUGUCGCAUGAAGCUGAUCGGGACAAUGCUGGGUCAUCCUCAUCCAAAAAACGAGGAAACAAAACGUCAAAGCCACUCCAUGAUGAUACCAACGACACAGAAAACAACGAGCCCUCAACACCAAACAAAAAGAGAAAUACUUUAUCAGCAGAGUGUGUGACAAGUAAUGAAAACGGUGAAAUACCUGAAAAGUUCCAGUUGCAGAAUUUCACAAAACAGGCCUGCAGAGAAAUGAUUCUUCAAAAUCUUGAAAUGUACCUUGUGAAUCGCAACUUGUGCCAUCAAAUAGAUUACGAGAGACAACAAUUUUUACAUUCAUAUGAAGAAGCUGCUUCGAGAAAUGAUGCGUUAAUUGCCGCAAUGUACAGAUUGGAACAAAGACAAGAAGAAAUCAGAUUAAAUAAUGAGCGCCUAAGGCUUAUGAUUGAAAAGGUGAAAAAAGAAAAGAUCGAUCAAGAAAGGAAUAGAGACUAUUUUCUGAUUGAAGAUCUUUGUAGUUCAUUAUAA